AUGGUGACAGGUGAGGGUGUGGUGCCAGAGCAGGUCAUUGCUAUUACAGAGGCUAGUAAUAGCGCAAGCCAGAAAGUCUUGCUGAGAGCAGGCUUUCAGCAGUUCGAGAAUUUAUGGAAGCAGAUGAUUCUGAGCCUGAAGGUUCGUGAAGCUGGUGGCCUAUACCCUAGAGGUAAUGUCACUGCGGUCGUCGGGGGGGGCCCAGUGACAUUCCCCCCGUCCCCAUUGGUCCAAACCCUCCCCGGAGAUGACCACGAUGCCGCGUCUCACGCACCACCACAACACACAACGUCGUCAAUCUGUCGCCGCUACCGCAUAUACAGACGCGUGUCGUAG